CGUAGAGAAGUAUACGGUGAACGUUACUGCAAGCAAUGUAUCCGUCUGUGUUUACCACUUCACAGUUUCUUUUAAAAAUGGUAAGUGGAUGCCUACACUCUUUUAUGUAAAAUUAAGGGUAUAAAGAUACACGGAUAGGACACACGGGGGGAACAAAAGAAGUUCUAUGUUUUAUAGUUUUAUUAUGACAGAGGAAACCUUUCCUGCUUGUUGUUGUUUUGUAUUUUGAAUGGUCAAAAAACAAAUUCUAAAUGAAAAUAUAUGCAAAAGUAUUCGAUUAACAUAAUUAAGUUAUUUUUAUAUAUAAAAACACUUGAAAACAUAUAAUAAAAGACGUGACAUAAAUUAAAUAAAAUAACACAAUAGUGACUUGUCUAAUAGCUAAAAACAUUACGAUUACAUUUAAUCUUAGUUGCAUACAUACGCAACUGUUUUUCUAUAUUUUCAUGGCCCGCCAUCAAUAAAUUGAUCAUUCAGGCUCCUGCUACUAAUUGUUUAGAACAGCCGCACCAGAACAUUUGUAGAAAUGCUCACAAUAUAUUCAAAUAACUACACAACAUAUAAGUUGUAGCCGGUGAUCGGGACAUAUAUUAAAAUAUUAACGCUUGAGAUAAUCGUACCAAUACCUCAUAUUGAGUGCAUAAUGCAAUAUUAAUUUUGUGUUCAUCAAAGACAUAAUUAUAUUUGUCUCAUUUCAUCAUUGCUUUAGAUAGUCUCAGGCUAUGUCCGGGAGAAGAGAUGAACAAGACCGUGACAGUGUACACUAACGUGACCACUAUGUUCCACCUGUGUGUCACGUCAGACCACGGAAGAGUCGACCACAUCGGCAUCAACAGGACCGUGUAUUUUAUCAACGGUGACGCCAACACAGGUCCAUACAACGUGCGUGAGGUCAGCGUGACGCCAAACCAUAGGAACAUGCAAUUCCUUCUGAUCGUUAUUCCGUCGGUCUCAAAAGAGCCCUACGUUAGCUACCAACUUAUGUUCAGUCCUGCUUCUAAAUUGAGGAUACAACCUACUGUACUCAUAAAACACGUUUGUGAGUAUCUUAAAAACCUUGAUUUAUUUGUUCUUUUGUUUCAGCUCUACUGUCUCUGGGUAUCUUUUAACCAAUUUUUCAAAUGAAUAAACAGACGUGACAUAAGCUAUAUGCUCAGUUGUGUGCUGUUGCCUCCUUUUACUAAAUCCAGAGUUACUUUUAAAUACGUACACAAGAAAAUACAAUUGAUGUAAAUUAUUUAAAACCAGGGCUUAUCCGGGUGCAGUUGUUUUUUUUUGUUUUUUUUUGCACCGGGUCCGAACAUUGGCGACAGCUAUGCGUGUAUUUUCUUCUACUAAAGCUACUUGACAAAGCAUGAAAUGAAGUAACGCACAUUUAAGAAUCCCAAUAUUUUUUCUACAAACCUUCCCCCAUGAUACCUAACAGCACACUUUUUUUCAAACCCAUGAACUAUAUUAAAUAUUCUGAUGCCCCAACUAUUUUUAAACCGAACAUUUUUUAACACCUUACUUCAAUUUAGACGAUUUCAUUUUUUCGAAAAGAAAAUAUUGCACGCUAAACGCGGUUGUGUUAUAUAAAGAUUUUUUAAAAAAAAAAUAAUUUAUUGUAGUUAUUGGGAUUGAUAUUUUACGCGCUAUUGAACUCAUUAUUGCCCCACACUUGCUUUCAAACUUUAAUGAUCAUUUGUAAUCUUCUCUCAUUACCGAAUUCGCUACUAAAAAAGCAGUCCGUUAAGAAGCAUUCCAUUUGGAUGAAGUCUUUAGGAAAUUGUCCACAAGACAAACCAGAAGCGUAUAUAUAUAUAUAUAUAUAUAUAUAUUUGUAUAUAUAUAUAAGAGAUAGGGGAUGUUCUCUGCUCUACUGUUUCUUUUUCCUCCACAGUACUAUAGAUAUAAAACACGUUGAGAAAAGGGAGGGCCUGUAGUAAAUAGGAAGCAGCCACACAGAAGAGACAUAUAUAUAAGAGUGUCCCGAAAUUUGAUCGAAAGGAAAUUUGGUCGAAUAUUUUUUUCAGUUUUUACGUUAAAUUUUGCUUAAAAUUUCUUUUUUAACGCAUUAUUUUGUUUUGAUAUAUAGUAAAGUGAGUUCAAAAAGAAAUUUGACAAAAAUUUUAACGUAUGAACUGAAAAAAAUAUUCGAUCAAAUUUCCUUUCGAUCAAAUUUCCGUCGAUCAAUUUGCCGUGGACGAAAUUUUUUUCGAUCAAAUUUCCGUUAACCACAUAUAAGGGAGGAGGGAUACAAUCACGACUGUCCAUGAAGAAAUAAAAAUCAUUUAUUCCCUUUAUUCAUAGUGAAUUCACCAUGUUUAAAACAUUAUUAAAAAACUUACAAUUACCGCAAUACAAGCAUGUUUUUUUUAUUUAAAAAAAAAAAAAUAUGAUCUCGCCGUUUUUGUUUUCCACAGCAACUGCAUUUCCUAAGCCAUGUGAUAACCGACAAGAUUACAGAUAC